GCCGGGCUGCUUUAUGUCAGAAACUGAUAACGACACAAUGCAGUUGUGCGUGAAAUGUGUCAGCUGAUUCUUGCUUCUUCCGUAUUUUUGUUGUCAUGUGUCACACGACAAUAUUCCGGACAGAAAUAACGAUUAUGAAAUAUUAGUUCUUCCUUCGAGGAGUAACGCGGUGAUGCGUUACACCGGUUGAAUCCAACGUGUCCUCGUUUAUUUUGUGAAAAUGAUUUAUUAAAUAGCUAAUAAACUGAGCGACAAGUAAUGUAUCUCGGUACAUUUCGUGCACUUCCAGCAAGACCCAUCGUGCGACGCGAAAUAAUUUACUUUCAGUUUGUCCAAAAGGAAGUUAGCGCAAUUAGACUCUAAGGCUGGAUGUGUGAUGAUGCAGGCCAGAGGUGAUGAAGAGGUUGCAGAUGGCCAAAAUAGUCGGUCAUCUAACGCGAAUGUUUGUCCUUCCGAGUCCAGAGAUGAGAGGUCCAAUGACAUGGCUGUGGUUCAUCUGCUCGGGCCAGUGUCUCCAGAAAACAUGGAUGUGGAUGAAGAGGGUUUGUUCAUACACCCCACCACUCUGACCAACAAGCAGCGUGGGAAUGAGGUUACAGUACGCCCAGCAACAUUAGACUCUCUGUCCAUACACCAGUUGGCAGCUCAAGGGGAGGUUUCACAAGUGGCGGCACACCUUAGUAAAGACAGUUCACUGCUGAGCAAACAGGAUGAACGGGGCUUUACGCCUCUCAUGUGGGCAGCAGCGUUUGGAGAGAAAGCAGUGGUGGAUUUUCUCUUGGAAAAGGGCGCAGACCCCAAAGCUAUUGCGAGGGAGCGAGAGAGUGCCCUGACACUGGCCAGCUCUGGGGGUUACGUGGACAUUGUCGAGGCUCUUCUCAGACAUGGAGUAGACAUUAACACUUACGACUGGAACGGUGGGACUCCUCUUCUUUAUGCUGUACGAGGGAACCACAUCAAAUGUGUAGAGGCACUCUUGGCGAAAGGGGCUGACAUGACCAUUGAGUCGGACUCUGGGUACAGUCCAAUGGCCUUGGCUGUUGCCCUUGGACACAAAAAGAUUCAGAAAGUGUUGGAGGACCAUAUUCUCAAACUCUACAAGCCAACAACAUGACACUGGUUAAAGUCAAUAACUGGAAGUCUGGGCUCACACAGUUGAUCUCAGAUCUGCAACCAGCUAUCAUCGAUGGUGAGAUGACCAAGACUUCUGUCACAAUAACAAGUCAUUGUAAUACAUCAGUUUAUAUGCAGACAUUUAAACUAAAAUGCAACAUUGUGUAGCAGAAUUAUUUUGUUUGGCUGAAGGACAGCAAAAAAAGGACUGUGAACCAAGUUUUAAUAAAAAUUUAUUUUUAUAAUGUGUGUUCCACUGGAAUGGCGCUUCAACUUAAAAGGCACAAUAUAAGUUCAGAAAGCAUCAUUACAAGUGCUCUUAUAAUCACAAGAAACAAAUUUAAAUCUGCAAUUAAAACUCAAAUUUGGACUCCA